CAGAGGGAGCGUCUCUGCCGAACUACAUCUCCCACAAUGCUCCUGGCUCAACUGCUCCUCGGCUCCGCCUGAGGCCCAGUGACCCCAGCCCGCCCCUGGACCCGAGCUGGGACUAAGGGUGGAGCGUGGGGACCUUGGUCUCGCUCCUUUGGCUCGCAGCCGGGGACUCGGCCCCCUUCACAAUCCCGCAGGCCUAUCAGAUCCGGCCUGCAGUCUACACCAUCCCAGCCAGGAAAUAAUAUGGCCGCUGGAUCUGGGUGCAGGGCCGGAGGCGCGAGGAUAGUGGAGGCUAAAUCAGCGUCUGUGGAUUGACUGGCUAGAGGCGGCAUGACACACCCCUGGAUUGAGGUGGAGCAAAAAUUUGUCCCCAGACCCGGAAUCGAGGAUCGGUUGAAGGAGCUGGGCGGCACCCAGGAGAGCCGGGUCUCUUUUCGAGAUAGCUACUAUGACACUCGAGAGCUUACGCUUAUGAAGGCCGACCACUGGCUGCGGCACCGGGAAGGGAGCGGAUGGGAACUCAAGUGCCCCGCGGCGGGCGGCAACACCGGCUCGCACACCGAGUACCUGGAGCUCACGGCCGAGGCCGCCAUAGCAGCGCGGUUGUGUGAGAGGCUGGCGACUGCGGGGCUGGCCGCUGAGAGCGUGUCGGAGACGCUGGCCCCGCUGGAGCUGCAGGAAGUGGCCAGUUUUGUCACGGAGCGCAGCGUCUGGAAGCUGGCGCUCUCUGGAGCCGGUGAUGAAGAAGAGCCGCUUACGGUGGACCUGGACACGGCAGACUUUGGCUACGCGGUGGGCGAAGUGGAGGCCCUAGUUCGAGAAGAGGCGGAGGUGCCCAAAGCCCUGGAGAAGAUCCACAGUCUCAGCUCCUUGCUUGGUGUGUCACAACAGGAGCAAACACCUGGCAAACUGAUUGUAUACCUGAAGCGCUUUAGGCCUCAGGAUUACCAGCGCCUGCUAGAAGUGGCCACAGAGAAAAAUGAUGAACAACAAGGGUCUGCAGCCAUAGAGAAUUAAAUAGCUACGACAUGGGAUGAGAUUGAGGACUCUGAGGACCUGUGUGAUGGGAGGGCCUCCCUGAGCUGGAACUGUGUCUCCACUGGGUAUCUGCAGCUGCAGUUGGAAACUCUGGCCAAGGGAUUGGGAGGAAAGCAAAGUAAGGUAGACCUUUCAGUUUCAGCAGGCCCUUGUUCAUGCAAUUGUACCUGUCUCCCCAUGUACCAUUUUCCACCCAAGUCUGCACCUUUCCCUUUUCCUUUAAGCUCUUAAUUCUCCCACUAAAACCUCGUCUAGUAUUAUUAACCUUGGGCACGGCGGCCUGACACACAAAAUGGGUGACAUCACUCUUGGAGGUGUUGCUUGCAGUUGCAGUAAUCAGAAGCAGGGCAGGUAUCUCAGGG